CGAAUCGCUGCUUUGCGUUCCUUGUGAAGAAAAUUAUUCCCGUCGCCUCCGCAGUUGAUUUUGGGUUGACCAGGAGGAGAAGUCAUACUGGAAAAGAAUGCGGGUUUCGUGAAAAAUUUGCAGGGCGCUGUAGGCCCAGGCUGGAGCGGCGGAACGCCACAGCGUCAGUUCCCGUCAGGGCAUUGGGAGCAUCGGGGGCAGUGCAUGCUGGGAGCACACCAUGGCUCUGUUCAACCAGGAGGAUGUGGAGGUGCACUAUCAUAUCGGAGAGGAGCUGGGAAGUGGCCAGUUUGCCAUCGUGCGACGCUGCCGCGAGAGGGCCAGCGGGAAGGAGUACGCCGCCAAAUUCAUAAAGAAGCGGCGGGCGGCGUCGAGCCGGCGCGGGGUGAGCCGGGAGGAGAUCGAGCGCGAGGUCAGCAUCCUGCGCCACGUCCGCCACCCCAACAUCGUCACGCUGCACGCCGUGCACGAGAGCCCCAGCGACGUGGUCCUCGUCCUGGAGCUGGUGUCCGGCGGGGAGCUCUUCGACUUCCUGGCCGAGAAGGAGUCCCUGACGGAGGAGGAGGCCACGCGCUUCCUCAAACAGAUCCUGGACGGAGUGCAGUACCUCCACGCGCGGGGCAUCGCGCACUUCGACCUGAAGCCGGAGAACAUCAUGCUGCUGGAUAAGAGUGACCCCAGCCCCAGGAUUAAGCUCAUCGACUUCGGCAUCGCCCACCGCAUCAGCCCCGGGGACGAGUUCAAGAACAUCUUCGGCACGCCCGAGUUUGUCGCUCCGGAAAUCGUUAACUACGAGCCCCUGGGCCUAGAGGCGGACAUGUGGAGCAUCGGAGUGAUCACGUACAUCAUGCUGAGUGGAGCCUCCCCUUUCCUGGGCGAUUCCAAACAGGAGACGCUGGCCAACAUCUCGGCCGUCAGCUACGAGUUCGACCAGGAGUACUUCGGCAGCACCAGCGAACUCGCCAAGGACUUCAUCCGGCGGCUGCUGGUGAAGGACCCCAAGAAGAGGAUGACGAUCGAUGACACCCUGCAGCACCCCUGGAUCAAGGUGAUUAAGAGGCGGAACGUGCGGCAGCAGGACUCUGCGCGAUGUGGGGAGCGGCAGCGCCUGAAGACCGCGAGGCUGAAGGAGUACACCAUCAAGUCCCACUCCAGCAUGCCGCCCAACAACAGCUACGCCCAGUUCCAGCGGCUCUCGCGCGUGAUGGAGGACAUGGCGGCCGCGGAGGAGGGCCUGCGCGCCCUGGGGCGGGGCCGGAGGGCCUGCCGCGACGACGUCGCCGCCCUGCUGGCCAUCUACGAGGAGAAGGAGGGCUGGUACCGGGACGAGCGGGCGCGGGAGGAGGCCGAGGUGCGUCAGGCGCGCCACGGCCUGCAGGCGGCGCAGGCGCAGAGGAGGCGGAGCCAGGAGGAGGCGCGCGCCGCGCUGCUGGCCGCCGGCGCCCUGCGGCGCAAGCUGGGCCGCCUGGAGAACCGCUACGACGCGCUGGCCGCGCAGGCCGCCUCCCACGCCAGCUGGGUGGAGGAGCUGGUGAGCUCGUUGCACUGCGAGAAGGAGGCCCCGGAUUCCGCCAUACGCUGA